AUGAGCAUUUCAUACUAUUAUCCAAUCAGACUGAACGUCCGGUCGCCAAAAAGUAAAGAAGAAGAAUGCGAAAGCGAAACUCUGAAGUCCGACCCGGAGAGGGAACCGGAGACCAAAGAAUCUGGGGCUUUAGAAGCCAAGAUGUCGUUAAUGAACGGCAUCACUGUCAUCGUUGGCUCCAUCAUCGGCAGCGGUAUAUUCGUCUCUCCUACCGGGGUGUUAAGAUAUACUGGUUCGGUUAAUGCCAGUCUCAUUGUGUGGGUUGCUUCUGGAAUUUUUAGUAUGGUAGGCGCCUAUUGCUACGCGGAAUUGGGUACUAUGAUCAGAGUGAGUGGAGCUGACUACGCGUAUAUUAUGGAGACCUUUGGCCCGUUCGCUGCAUUCGUCAGGCUCUGGAUAGAAUGCAUGAUCGUCCGACCUUGCUCACAGGCGAUUGUGGCGCUAACCUUUAGCGUUUACGUGUUGAAGCCAAUCUUUCCAGAGUGUGACCCUCCCGAAGACGCCACCAGACUCCUAGCGGCAUGUUGUAUAUUACUGUUGGCAUUCGUGAAUUGCUGGUCAGUCCGUGCUGCUACCAUCGUACAGGACUGGUUCACUUACGCUAAACUCCUCGCGCUCUUCAUCAUCAUCGCUGCUGGCUUUUAUCAACUCUGCAGAGGAGAGGUACAACACUUCACGUUCGAGGGCACAACGGAUAAUGUAACAUCAAUAGCACUCUCAUUUUACUCCGGAUUAUUUGCUUAUAACGGAUGGAAUUACCUCAAUUUCAUUAUCGAAGAAUUAAAAGAUCCAGUAAAGAAUUUGCCUCGUGCCAUCGCUAUCUCGUGUACCCUGGUCACCGUGGUCUACACUUUCACCAAUGUCGCUUUCUACACUACGCUGUCACCUACUGAGGUGUUGGGCUCAGCUGCAGUGGCUGUGACCUUCGCGGAGCGUCUGUUCGGUAUGUUCGCGCUCGCCAUCCCACUGUUUGUGGCCGCAUCCACCUUCGGUGCAGUCAAUGGAGUGCUGCUCACUUCUUCAAGGCUGUUCUACGCGGGAGCGGCGAAGGGCCAGAUGCCGGUGAUGCUGACGAUGGUGAGCGCGCGCGCCACGCCCGCGCCCGCCGUGCUCGCCGUGGCGCUGCUCAGCCUGCUCUACCUCACCGUCUCCGACAUAUUCGCGCUCAUCAACUACGUGGGAUUUGCUACCUGGUUAAGCAUCGGUGCAGCAGUUCUUUGCAUUCCAGUCCUGAGGUAUACACAGCCAGGUCUAGAGAGGCCCAUCAAAGUAAACCUAUUUUUCCCUGUCAUCUACAUAAUCUGCACGCUGUUAGUGGUCGCGUUCCCAGCCUGGGCUUCUCCGCAAGAGACUGGAGUGGGUUGUCUCAUGAUACUCACUGCUGUACCCGUCUACUUGGUUCUAAUUCACCCCCGGACGAAGAUGGGAUGCCUCAGUUCUGUUACAAAUGCUGCAACAUUAUUAGUACAGAAAUUGACAUUGUCUUUGAGACCUAAAACGAAGUGA